AUGGUCAAAGUAGACUCGCCUGUGCAGGCAGCUGGAUUCGAAAAACCGGCGCUGCCGCUGAGUGACGAGCUAGCACAAGAGAUGCAAAAACUAGAUCAGAUGUUCUGGAUCGAUCAGCAGAAGCUGAAAGACAUCACGAAACAAUUCAAAGUAGAACUCGAUCAAGGCCUCAAAAAGAACAACCAGAACAUUCCGAUGAACAUUACCUGGGUCCUGGGUCAACCACACGGUGACGAAAAAGGCAGUUUCCUGACAGUAGACCUUGGAGGCACAAACCUUCGUGUCUGCUGGAUCACACUACCGGGAUCGCGCGGUCAACCCAGUAUCGUCCAAGAAAAGUACCAACUGUCCAAGGAAGUCAAGACUGGAACAGCAAAUCAACUAUGGGAUGAGGUAGCCGAUCGCAUGCAAACCUUCAUUCGAGAUCAGAGACUUGACGAAAAAGCUACUCAGCCUCUGCCACUUGGCUUCACCUUCUCCUAUCCUGCCAUGCAAGACUUUAUCGACCACGGCGUGCUUCAAACCUGGACUAAGGGCUGGGACGUCAAGGGCGUCGAAGGCGAGGAUGUCACAAUACAACUCCGUGAAGCAAUGGAGAAGAGGAAGCUACCUGUCAAACUCGUCGCGUUGAUCAACGACACGACAGGUGCUAUGAUAGCAUCUGCAUACCACGACCCCGAGACCAUUGUUGGUGCUAUCUUCGGAACAGGCUGCAAUGCCGCAUACAUGGAAGACAGCGACUCCAUCCCCAAAAUCGCAGGACGCCUACCACCCGCCUGCCCCGUAGCCAUCAACUGCGAAUACGGCGCCUUCGACAACAGCCACACCGUCCUCCCAAUGACCAAAUACGACCACAUCAUCGACAAAGAGUCACCGCGACCAGGCGAGCAAGCCUUUGAAAAGAUGAGCGCUGGCCUCUACCUGGGCGAGAUCUUCCGACUGGCCUUGAUCGACCUCGCAAAACGCAAUCUCAUCUUCCAUAACCAGGACAUUUCAAGACUGGACAAGUCUUAUAUCCUCGACACCGGCUUUCUCUGCGCAAUCGAAGACGAUCGAUCCUCUGGCCUCCAAAACACAGCUACAUCCUUUGAGGCCCACACAGGCAUUACACUGAACACACAAGAACGCCAGCUCUGUCGCUACCUGGCAGAACUCAUCGCGAUCCGCGGAGCACGUCUUUGCGCCUGCGGUAUCGCAGCGAUCUGCAGCAAGAAAAACAUCGAGCAUGGUCAUGUGGCUGCUGAUGGCUCGGUUGCAAACAAGCAUCCCAAGUUCAAGCGACGAUGGGCUGAUGCGUUGGCUGAGAUUCUGGAGUGGGAUGAGCAGAGGACGGAAGAUCCGAUUGUGUUGACACCUGCGGAGGAUGGAUCGGGUAUCGGUGCUGCGGUUAUUGUUGCUAUGACUUUGGAGAGAGCGAGGAAAGGUGAUGAUGCUGGGGUUAAGGAGGCUGCUGAUAUGUGA